UGCUCUUCCCUAGUUACAGAAAACCUACAGGAAAACGAUCGUAAACUGUGAAUUUUUGUUAGGUAUAAUAGGUAUUUAUACCUACCCAUAGAAUAAUUUGUUUUGACUAAUUCAUUUUAUUUGGUGCAGAUAUCAUUUUUAGUUAAAUUUAGGAAAAAGAGAGUUCGCUAAACAUAGCACAAUAAUUAUAAAGAUUUCCUUGUAGAAAACGAGGGAACUCAUACUUUCAAUCAAGAUUUUUGUAUUUUAUUUCGCUUUACAAUGACUACGGCUGCUAGACCAACUUUUGAUCCUGCAAGAGGUGGCCAAGGACGUGGUGAAAAGGAUUUGAGUGCAAUAUCUCGCCAAUAUUCUAGCAGAGAUCUUCCAAGUCACACAAAGUUAAAGUACAGAGAGCAAGGCCAAGGAACUACAGAUGAACUACGUUCACGAGAUUUUCGUAAAGAACUUGAUGAAAGGGAAAAAGAAGUAAAAGGUCCUAAUAGUCGAAGACAAGUAGAACCAUCUGUGAAACGCUUGAAAAUUGAUCAAGUACCAGCUGCUAGUUUAGAUGCUGAUGAUCCUCUUGAAGGAGACUCAACAGAUUCUGAUGAUUCAGAUGACGACACAGCUGCAUUGCUAGCUGAAUUGAAUAAAAUAAAAAAAGAACGUGCAAUUGAACAGGCCAAAAAGGAAGCUGAAAAGAAACAAGAGGAGGAAAGAAUAAGAAUGGAGAAUAUAUUGUCUGGCAAUCCACUUUUGAAUUAUUCCUCAGCAGGACAAAAGAAUGACUUGAAGGUAAAACGACGCUGGGAUGAUGAUGUCGUGUUUAAAAAUUGUGCACGUUCUGAACCUGAAAAAAAGCCAAAUACAUUUAUUAAUGACUCCUUGCGCUCAGAAUUCCAUAAGAAGUUUAUGGAAAAAUAUGUGAAAUAAGUAGGAUAAACCAAGUAGAUAAUAUUGUGUACAUACAAUGAAAAUAAGUGUAUUUAAGAUUUUUUAUUUUUAUUUUAUUGAUUUGAAUUUGUGAUUAACCUUAAUAAACAUUUAAGUACCUAUA